AUGAGUCUGGUCGGUCCAGCCUUGCUCCCAAAGGCGGCCAAUCCGCUCCGCAUCCUCGCCGCAUCUAGGCCGACUUGCCAAAUCUACCCCGAACGACCGCAGCCUACUGUCCAGUCUAGAGGCUUAUACUCUGCUCCGUCACACACCUCUGCUCGUCAUGCACCUCGUCAACCUACUCAAGCUCGGACAUUCCAUGCCACCGCUGCGACACUAGCCAAGGACCCGUAUGCUACUCUCGGUGUAAACAAAUCUGCCUCUACAGGUGAAAUCAAGAAGGCCUAUUACGGACUGGCCAAGAAAUACCACCCUGACACCAACAAGGAUGCUGGUGCCAAGGAGAAGUUCGCUGAAGCUCAGGCCGCAUAUGAGACUCUCUCCGACCCAAAGAAGAAGGAAGCAUUUGACACUUACGGCUCGGCUGCCUUCGACCAGAAUGGCGGUUUCAAUCCGGGAGCCGGCCAAGGAGGCAAUCCAUUCGCAGGUGGCGGCUUUGGUGGAUUCGGAGGCUUCGGUGGUGCUAGUGGUGGAGGUGCUCAGGGCUUUGGAGACAUCAACUUCGAAGAUCUCUUCAGUGCCUUCGGUGGCGGAAGUGCAAGAAGAGGUCGUGCAAGACCCUCACCAUUCCAAGAAGAAAUAUUGGUCGGCGAGAACAUCGAGGUUCAAACAAACAUCUCCUUCCUGGACGCAGCAAAGGGCAUCACCAAGGACAUUCACAUCAACCCAUUGGUCAAGUGUAAGACUUGCGAAGGAAACGGCUUGAAAAAGGGCCACUCGAGGACAAAUUGCGCCAGCUGUGAUGGAACUGGUACGAGGGUACAUUUCAUGCAGGGAGGCUUCCAGAUGGCAAGCACUUGCGGAGCGUGUGGUGGUCAAGGAAAGACCAUGCCCAAGAACGGCGCUUGCGGAAGCUGCAAGGGCGAGGGUGCGCUCCGUGAGAAGAGAACCGUAUCAGUCGACAUUCCAGGAGGUAUCGAAGAUGGCAUGAGAAUGCGUGUAUCACAAGAGGGAGACUUCCCGCCGACAGGCCAGGCUGCCAACCCCAAAGCAAGAACAUCGAAUGGCGAUCUAUACGUCUUUGUACGAGUGGCACCGGACCCAAAGUUCAGCCGUAAUGGAUCAGACGUGCUCUACACAGCAUCAAUACCACUCACGACGGCCAUUCUUGGAGGAGAGAUACCCAUUCCAACCCUGGAUGGAGAAGUCAAAGUCAAGGUCGCGACCGGUACGGCAACUGGCGACCGCAUCACGCUCUCUGGAAUGGGCAUGAGAAAACUAAACAGCCGACGUGGUAACAAUGGAGAUCUCAGAGUCGAGUACAAGGUGCAGAUGCCCAAGUAUCUCAGUGUCAACCAGAGGACGAUCGUCGAGAUGCUCGCCGAUGAAAUGGGCGACAAGAAUGCCAAGCGCGUGAUGAACCUUGGAAAGAUGGCGGAAGAUGCCAAAAAGGAUGCGACGACGAGCGAGGAAGAUUCACACAAGAAUGAGGGAUUCCUCAAGUCUGCAUGGCAUAGGCUUACACACCAGCACGACAAGGACAAGGAAGACGCUAGCAAGCAGGAGGCAGACGACAAGAAGAAGAACGGAACGAGUUGA